AGAAGCUUAGUCGCCGCGGAAGCUCUGGGGACGCCCAGGGGAGCGCGCGCGGGUUCUCAAGGAAGCUCAAGCCCCGGCAGGACGGCGGCUGCAGCCAGGCGGGAAGGAGCCGGCCCGGCCCUCGGCGUUGGAGCCAGCCUGCCGGACUGCGCCUGUGGUCGCGGGUGUCCCCACGGCGGUGCGCAGCGAUUGGCGCGGGACCAAGGCCUCCCGGCGUGACGAGUGGGGGACCCGAAGGCCUGUGCCCCACGCCCGCAGCUGCGAGGCUCUACCCCGCAUCUUCUGCCACUCGCAGGCGCUCCGGACCUCCAGGCCCUGGGUGGAUUCUGCUGAUCCUGUACCCCCUUUCGGAGCAACGAAAAUUUCAAUUUGGGAUUUUCCUGGCUAAUCAAGAGCCUAGAAUCUUUUUGCUCAAUGCUGGAUUUAAAACGUUUAUAUUUUUGAGCGACUUGGGUUUUUUCCUCUUUGAUUUUUGAUCUUCGUUUUCGUGACAGUCCCUCCCCUCGUACAUUAUUGUCGCUUUCUCCCCCCGCCUUGCUCCUUGACCUGCGAGGGAGAGGGAGGACUCGGAAGCUCGCGGGGCGAUGUACCAGAGCCUGGCCAUGGCCGCCAACCACGGCCCCCCGCCCGGGGCCUACGAGACCGGCGGCCCCGGCGCCUUCAUGCAUGGCGCGGGCGCUGCGUCCUCGCCGGUCUACGUGCCCACGCCGCGGGUGCCCUCCUCGGUGCUGGGCCUGUCCUACCUCCAGGGCGGAGGCGGGGCCGCCGCGUCCGGAGCGGCCUCGGGAGGCAGCGCGAGUGCGGCCCCGUCGGGUGCGGGGCCCGGGACCCAGCAGGGCAGCCCGGGCUGGAGCCAGGCGGGAGCCGAGGGAGCUGCCUACACCCCACCGCCAGUGUCGCCGCGCUUCUCCUUCCCGGGGACCACAGGGUCCCUGGCGGCCGCCGCAGCCGCCGCCGCCGCCCGGGAAGCCGCGGCCUACAGCAGCGGCGGCGGGGCGGCGGGCGCGGGCCUGGCGGGCCGCGAGCAGUACGGGCGCGCCGGCUUCGCGGGCUCCUACUCCAGCCCCUACCCGGCCUACAUGGCUGACGUGGGCGCGUCCUGGGCCGCGGCCGCCGCCGCCUCCGCCGGCCCCUUCGACAGCCCCGUCCUCCACAGCCUGCCCGGCCGGGCCAACCCCGCCGCCCGACACCCCAAUCUCGUAGAUAUGUUUGACGACUUCUCGGAAGGCAGAGAGUGUGUCAACUGUGGGGCCAUGUCCACCCCACUCUGGAGGCGAGAUGGGACGGGACACUAUCUGUGCAACGCCUGCGGCCUCUACCACAAGAUGAACGGCAUCAACCGGCCACUCAUCAAACCCCAGCGCCGUCUGUCUGCCUCCCGCCGAGUGGGCCUCUCCUGUGCCAACUGCCAGACGACCACCACCACGCUGUGGCGCCGCAAUGCGGAGGGCGAGCCCGUGUGCAACGCCUGCGGCCUCUACAUGAAGCUCCACGGCGUCCCCAGGCCUCUUGCGAUGCGGAAAGAGGGGAUUCAGACGAGAAAACGGAAGCCCAAGAACCUUAAUAAAUCUAAGACACCAGCAGGUCCUCCGGGCAGUGAGAGCCUUCCUCCCAGCAGCAGCGCCUCCAGCAACUCCAGCAACGCCCCCAGCAGCAGCAGCAGCAGCGAAGAGAUGCGCCCCAUCAAGACAGAGCCCGGCCUGCCGUCCCACUACGGACACAGCAGCUCCAUGUCCCAGACGUUCUCGGUCAGCACGAUGUCCGGCCACGGGCCCUCCAUCCACCCGGUCCUCUCGGCCCUGAAGCUCUCCCCACAAGGCUAUGCGUCUCCCGUCAGCCAGUCCCCGCAGGGCAGCUCCAAGCAGGACUCUUGGAACAGCCUGGUCUUGGCUGACAGUCACGGGGACAUAAUCACUGCGUAAUCUCCCCUUCUUCCCUCCUAAAUUCCUGCACGGACCUGGGACUUGGAGGACAGCAGAGAUCCAGGCUCGGGCUCCUCUGCCUGAGAAUGACUCCAGAAGAACAACUGGGAAGAAACUUGAAGUCACCGAUCUGGUUGGGGCAGUGGGUGCUGGAUUUUCUCGGAUGCCUUUUCAAGGUGGGGGACUGGGAAGAGCCCAGACUCUGACACAGAAGAGCCCACCCUCCACCGCGAGCACACGACGUCUCUCCAUGCCUUGCAUGGGAGACUUCUCUCCCAUUCUCCCCCCGCCCUGUCUCUGAUGAGAGACAUGAUGUCCUUCUCCCCUGCUCUUUCACUGCUGUGGCCUGAGACGGUGGUUUCUCCAUCGGGUUCCCGUUGCCCAGGAUCUGAGGGUGGGGAGGGGCAGGGGCCUGGGACCCCUGCUCCGUCCGGCCUGAAGGAGGGCACCUGUUUGACACGUGCGUGGAUGUGACAGCCUCUUGGGCGACCCUGCCCUUGCCCAACACUCCCCUUGAGGCAUGGAACGUCCCCGCGUCCCCCCUGCCAAAUCUGACUCCACGAUAUUGUGCGUAAGGUAACACAGAUGUUACUGAACGCUUCCUGGGGAGAUGGGGGCCACUUCACCCGCCACAUCACAGAGCUUCGUCCAAACGCGGCUUGGCACCUUCACCCCCAGGCUCCUCCCCUGCUGUGGGCUUGAUCCUUUGCUCCGUCCUCUCUCCACUUCCAAGGCCUUUUAAAUAAAAAUCCCUCCCACUGUUCUGAGCGAUUCAGCUCUGCCUUCAGCUUGGACGCGUCUCUCCCUUGGCAAAGCAAGAGCUCAGUAGUUUAGCUGGACAGCACCCCCUUCAGUCUGUGCCCCAACAUCCUUCCUUCACCCCGCCACACACUGAGGGGUCCUGCUGCUCAAGCCUGGCAAACACUCUCCUAACCCUCGAGACCCUUCUGGAGAGGUGUCUGGUGAACACCACGUGCUUGGGGGCAGGGGCUUUUCGAGGACUUGCUCAGGGGCUCUCAGAUCCUGCCGGGGCUGCUGUUCUUCUGCGGAGACGGCCUCUCGGCCAGACGGCGGCCCGAGGCCCCAAGUGCUCAGGCUUUGGGUCCUUUUUCCAGCAGAAAUCUUUUGUCCAGGAGGCAAAAAGCCAGAGAUUUUGCAACAGAAAUUCAAAGCAAACAAUUGCAAUAAAACCCAUGGAAAGAAAGAAGACACUAGAAGAUGCUGAGGGUGGGCCUGGGGAGAGUCUCCAGCGCUGCCCCUUCUGGAAUUGGCCGCCUUCUCCUCCGCACGGUGCUCAGUUCCUGCCAGGAUACUGGGGCUCACGAAGACUGUUCCACGUCCUUGUUAUCAGCAGAGCUGUGGCUGACUGUGGCGUUACUACGCCCACCCAAAACACCCAGCCCCCCACUCCAAAAUCCUACUGGCUGUAGCAGAGAAUAUCUUUAAACCAAGAUUCUGUUUUAAUCAUCAUUUACAUUGUUUUCUUCCUGAAGGCCACCUCAUAUACCCUCCCUACCCCACAAACCUGUUAACAUUGUCUUAAGGUGAAAUGGCUGUAAAAUCAGUAUUUAACUAAUAAAUUUAUCUGUAUUCCUC